CGGCGCUGGCGGGGGGCGGAGUGGAGGCCUGUAGUGCGCCGGGUCGGCGCGAGCGGAAGAGUAAAUAGCAAGAUCUUCGAGCAGGCGGCGGAAGCGGAGAGUGGCGGCGCCCCCGGUGAGGCUGCUGUGUCUAUCAGAAGGGAACUUUGGUACCAUUUUCCUUCAGAGUCUAUCUGUUCUGGUUUUAUUAUUCAAAAAAUAAAUGUUACUUACCUGCCACCCUUUCUGCAGUACCACACUGGUUUGAUUACUUUACAAAUCAGCUUGAUAAUAUCUGAAAUCUAACACACUUCGGGACGGUCUGUGGAGAAGAUUCUGUGAGUGGAUACUUCAUUCUUCAGGCAGUAGCCCCCAUAGUGACCAAGAUAAAGAACUUUGUAAUCAUUUUGUCAUCAGAACACGGAGACCCCUAUAGAAGUUUAUUGAGGUGGUACCAUGCAGCAAGAAGCAGCAAGAUGCAGAGUUCGAGCCAAAAGGCCUGACAUGGCACUUUAUGUACCUAAAGCUCGAAGGGGUGUAGUACUCCUCAAGACAGGGGAUGAGGAAAAAAACUGUGGUCUACCUAACUCUACAGUGAAAGAAGAACAAAAAGAAGAUCAUCUCUCCGAAAAGGAAAUCUUCAGAAACAAACCUAAGUCUCAAAGACUAAAUAUUUGUCCUGAUAAAAAGGAGCACAAUUGUAGAGAAGGAAAGAAAUCUUUAACAAAAUUAAGAAAAGACACAUGCCUUCAAGGCAACAAUAAAGAUAGGGUUUGUACUAAGAGGGGAACCACAGAAUCCAAAGAAAUAUUAUCACAAGAACAUCAGCAAGGAGUGUUAAAUUCUGGGACUGUACCUAGUAAAUCUUUACAAAGGCAUUUUAAGCCAAAGAAGGUGGAAUGUUUGGAGGUUGAAACCACAGAUGUGACAAGACAUGAGAGGUUGCUUCUUCCUCAGUCUUGUUCAGAAAUUGGUGAGUCUUCAGUUCUAAACAAGCCACUCCAAAAUGUGGAAUUCUGGGAUUUCAGUGGGCUUGAACUAAAUGGGGAAACAUUUGAAAACAGAGGUUUAGAAAGCAGAAUUGAAACUGAUGCCAAGGUUGUAGAGAUACAGUCUCAAUUUCCUGGAGUUCAUAGUUCUGUUUUGAGACCUGAGAGUAUGAUCACACCAUUAAAACUAAGCUGUGAUUCUGGAAUUGUGCAACAAGGCAUGCAAACAUCAGGUGGAAUGUUAAAGCUCAGCAGUGGAGGCAUCAUCACUAUUCCUGUUCCUGGAAGUCUAGAUGGUGUCACUGAUCAAACUUCUGUAGACUUCGAGGCUGACGAUGUUGGUGAUGCAGCCAACAGUACAGAUUUCAUCUUGGGUCAGAAGGGUAUAGAUUCCAUUCCUGAGACAGUGGGUCACAUCUCUGAUAAAAUGACUUUAGUCAAUAAAUUAGAGAGCACAAAUGGCAUUUUUGAUCCAACAAUGACUAGAGGCUGUGAGGAGAAUGAUUGCACUGAUAAUGAGUUACGUGUAAAGUAUAAACCUUCUGAAUCAGCUGCCCUUGCCCAUGAAACAGAUACAGGUAAUGGGUUUAAGACUAUAGGCAACAUUACAAAUAAGGCAUGUAUGAUGGACAUUACAGAUACCAUAUCGGACCAAAUAACUGUAGAUAACCCUUGUGUCAUUGCAGUUGGAAUGGGUGAUGAAGCUUAUAGCAACACAAGUAAUUUCUCAGAUUAUUUAGAAAUGAGUUCAGAUAUAGCCUCUCUUCAUGUAGCUAGAAGUGAGAAUGGCACUGAAAGUUUCGGCAACCUGACUGCUUGCUCAGAUAUUUAUGCUGAGAGUCUUUCAUCUAGCUUCACCAAGUCAACAGGAAAGUUGAUAGAGAAUUCGUCAGAUUGUGCUUCAUCCUUGCCUAUAAAGAAGAUUGCUGGUAGUAACUGUAACACCUUUUUGGACUCUGAACUCAGUGUGUUAAAUGGGAUGAAAGUAUUUUCAGAUAGUGCCUUGGGCAGUGAUCAAGAUUGUACUGGUGAUAUAACAGAGGCCUUGCAUGAACUGAAAACUGCUGAAGAGUUCAAAACAAAAGACGAAGAUGACUCAGAGAACAUAGAAUUUAGUAUAUCCUUUCCUGAUACAGAAUCAGUUUCUGUAGAGACAUCCAUGGAACCAAAAGCUACUGAAACUUCUCACAUGGAGGGAAGUGCUGCUACUGAGGAGAGCUGGGAGUCCAUGUUUAAUGAUGAUGGUGACUGCCUGGAUCCACGCCUGCUACAAGAGUUAUCAGGGAAUAUGAAGACUAGGAAAAGUAUCCAGGAACCUAGAUUUGAUUAUUACAACAGUGAAAUUCCUGAUAUUGACCUCAGUGAUUGUGAAUUUCCACAUGUCAUUGAAAUUUAUGACUUUCCCCAAGAAUUUCGUACUGAAGACCUCCUACGGGUUUUCUGCAGUUAUCAGAAGAAGGGAUUUGAUAUUAAAUGGGUGGAUGAUACACAUGCCCUAGGAAUAUUUUCCAGUCCGAUUACAGCUCGUGAUGCUCUUGGUAGUAAACAUACCAUGGUGAAGAUCCGGCCCUUGUCACAGGCCUCAAGAGCAGCCAAGGCCAAAGCUAGAGCUUAUGCUGAGUUCCUCCAGCCAGCAAAGGAGCGUCCUGAGACUUCUGCAGCCCUAGCCAGAAGGCUAGUCGUCAGUGCCCUUGGGGUUCGAAGUAAGCAGAGCAAAACUGAACGGGAAGCCGAACUCAAGAAACUGCAAGAAGCCCGAGAGAGAAAACGGUUGGAAGCCAAGCAACGAGAAGACAUCUGGGAAGGCAGAGACCAAUCUGCAGUUUGAACAUCAAUCAAUGAAAGGGAUAAUUUCAUGAAUUCAGAAAAUAUUUCCACAGUCUUCGGAUAAGAGGAUCCUUCCAGAAUUCUGUGUACAUGCCGAUGUGCUUGUUAAUGAAAGAGAGAGAUAAAGUGAUCAAGACAAGGACUGGCUGGUGUAGAAAGAAGACAAACUCCCACCUGUCUUCAUUCCUAAAUGCAGUUCUUGGUCAUCACCUUAACUAUGUUGGGCAUAAAGGGGAGCCGUCAGCUGGGAAGAAAACUUGGGAAAUGUGACUUCCAGGAAUUCUCUGGCCAGGGCAAGUCAUGUUAGCGUGGGUCACACUUCCAAGAUGUUUUAAGCAAAUAUGAAACAGAGGAUUCAAACUGGUGAUGACGGGAGAUUUAGGCCCUGCAAAACCAGGGUGUUCUUUAGUACCUCACAAAGCUGAGAACAGCAGUAUUGAGGGGGAGGGGAGGGAGCAGCUAGACCAAAGAGACAGAACAGUAUCUGGUAUACUUGGGAUUCACAGAAUCUACACUGCCAGUUCCAGAGCUCCAAAAUCGGUGACCUACAACAGAUGUGGGUAUUUGGACUACAGAGUUUGUACUCAGUUAGCUGAGUGCCUGGGGCUGCAGAGCAGCCAGAGACAUGCUAACUUCAUUCCUCCUAAGAAACCAGUCUUGGGAGCUCUUUGCCGGUUCCAGUUUAAGCAGUACUAUCAUGUUUUAAGAGGGAGACAUUAAAGUCCAUUUUAUGACCUAGAUCACUCUGGUGUUUGUCAGUUUUGUCAUUCCC